GGGCCGCGCGUCCCCGGCCCGGCGCUGCUCUGGUACCGGCCGACAUGGCGAGGGGAGUCGGGCCGCUGCUGUGGGGUCGUGGCCGCCGGCUCGGCAGCGUUGCCUUUAGGCAGCAGAAAUGGAAAAGCUUUGUCUCCACACAACCAAAAAUGCCUCCUUGCGAUUUUGUACCUGAAAAAUACAAAUCCUAUCCGUAUGAACGUAUGCAGAAGAUUCGUGAACAAAAUAUUUCUCCGUCACUGCGAAUGUAUUACAAGAAGCCAUUGUUGCUGCAUCAAGGACAUAUGCAGUGGUUGUUUGAUUAUGAAGGACGAAGAUACCUUGAUCUCUUUGCUGGAAUUGUCACUGUCAGUGUUGGUCACUGUCACCCAAAGGUAACUACGGCUACCCAGAAACAGCUUGCUCGCCUGUGGCAUACCAGUAAUAUCUACAUGCACCCAUCAAUCCAGGAGUAUGCUGAAAAGCUAACUUCUCUUCUUCCAGAUCCACUUAAGGUGGUUUAUCUAACCAACAGCGGGUCAGAAGCCAAUGAUUUGGCUAUGUUCAUGGCGAGGCUAUAUACUCGUAACUUCGACAUCAUCUCUUUCAGAGGAGCAUACCAUGGAGGCAGCCCUUACACGCUGGGAUUGACAUCUAUUGGUCUUUAUAAGCAUGGUGUCGCCAAUGGCUUUGGCUGUUCAACAACAAUGUUACCGGAUGUUUUUCGUGGUCCAUGGGGAGGCAGCCAUUGUAGAGAUUCUCCAGUACAAACUGUUCGAAAAUGCAGCUGUUCUGAAGGUGUAUGUCAUGCAAAUGACCAGUACAUUGAACAGUUCAAAGACACUCUGAAUACCUCAGUGCCAAAGACGAUAGCUGGAUUUAUCGCUGAACCAAUUCAAGGUGUUAACGGCGCUGUUCAGUACCCAAGAAGUUUCUUAAAGGAAGCUUAUCAGCUAGUACGGGAAAGAGGGGGCAUUUGUAUUUCAGAUGAAGUACAGACAGGAUUUGGACGGGCAGGCAGCCAUUUCUGGGGAUUUCAAACACAUGAUGUAGUCCCUGACAUUGUUACUUUGGCAAAAGGAAUUGGUAAUGGCUUUCCAAUGGCAGCUGUUGUUACAACAAAAGAGAUUGCAAGUUCCUUGGCUCAAAACCUUCACUUUAAUACAUUUGGAGGAAGCCCUUUGGCCUGCGUAGUUGGAGCUGCAGUUCUUGAUGCUAUUGAAGAAGAUGGUCUACAAAAAAACAGUGAGGAUGUGGGAACAUAUAUGCUACUGGAGUUGGCUAAACUACGGGAUAAAUUCGAGGUUGUUGGAGAUGUCCGUGGCAAGGGACUUAUGAUUGGAGUAGAAAUGGUGACAGAUAAGGAUAGUUGCCACCCUCUUCCAGCUGAAGAAAUCAAUCAGAUCUGGGAGGACUGUAAAGACAUGGGGGUUCUAAUUGGCAGAGGAGGACUCUACAGUCAGACAUUUAGAAUUAAACCUCCUAUGUGCAUUAGUAAAAAGGAUGUCGACUUUGCUGUGGAAGUAUUUCAUACUGCUUUACAGAGACACAUGGAGAAAGCAGCUGCAAAAUAGACUUGAUUUGUUCCCUUACAUGAGACGCACACAGAACCCCCAAUACUUGCCACCCAGACCUGGUACUACUCUACAUUGGAUAAGAAAAUCAUAGUCGGAAGAAGAAGUACUUGUUCAGUAUCAUAAGAGUGGUCUGACAGAUCCAGUGUUUAAUAAAGAAUACACUGUAACCUGUUUUGUAAACAUACAGUUCAGUUCUACAGUGGUGGUGUGUAUUCUAUGUAUAUUCUACACACAGCUAUUCUAGCAUUAGCAUAAAAAACCCUGAUUGGAUUAACUGGGUAUCAGAUGAAGAGGCAGACGUAUAUUCAUCUUUCAUCUAUGAAAGUCAUAUAAAAAUUGGUAAUUUUUAGAAAGAGGGAGAGGAAAAUAAUAAAGUUGUUUUGGGGAAGUACACUGGGUGUUGUAGCAUCCAUAGUGCCCUUGGGGGUGGUACCAGCACUGCAGUGGCAUGCCUCCUGCUGCCCUGGCCAUGUUGCUUUGUAUGAUGGCAUUUACUGCCACAUCUUAAAUAUGUUUUGACAGAAGCACCACAUGCUCCCCAAUGGCUGAGCAUUGGUGUGUGGUGUUACAGAGGUGGCUGGGACCAGUGCAGGGUAGUCCCCGACUGCCUUCCACAGCGGUCACCACUGCUGCUGCCCCCAGCACCCCCACCAAAACCUUGCUAUUUAUACCAAAUACAUACAAGCAUUUGUAAAACACACAAAUGAUAGAAGUAUUUGUUUUUAUUUCAAUAAAAGAAUUUAAAGUCAAAAAGCAACACUGCAGACUUCAGUCUGUGAGAUUUCACUUACAUAAGCAUAAUAAAUCUCUGGGUGAGAGCCACUCUGAUCAGAACAUAACUGGAGGUUUCAAAUAGAGGUAAAACUGUCUACACCUACUAAAAUGACACACUGUAAUUAGGGCAUGAAAAAGAAAAGUUUGCAUAAAGUUGAAAAGUUUCUAAUGACAGUAAUUAUUUUUUAUCAUGGGGCUCUAAUCUAGUCAUCUUCCUUUCCAAAAUAUGCUUUUCUUCUCCUCCUGCUGCUUUUAGGAUUGCAAAGCACACUCAUUAGUGAUAUAGUAAAGAUACAAACUAUGGCUAAUAGGUCAAAUCCAGUUAUUAAAAGCUGAUCAAAAGAAAGCACACAUUCCUUCACAAGAUAAUACUCCUUUUGCUACAUCUUCCUUUUUUCCAAAAUUAGGACUUCCCUUCUCUGUUUUAACUCUGAACACAGGCAAUGUGCACCUUCCAGUUUUGGGAGAGUUUUCACAUACUAUUCUAAAGACUGUUACUCUAAAAAAGCUCUCUUAGUGUUUACGUUUCUCUUUUUUGUUUCUGGUGUUUACAGCUCCAGUUACAGGUGGUGCUUGGGCUGGUUUUGCAUGUCGCAUGGUUUUGAGGUGUUCAAACAGUUUAUUUCGGGAUGGAAAUGUACAUUUGCAGGUUGUACACUGGAUGGGAACUUCAUUCUGCAAUGAGGAAAAAAACCAAAAUGCUUCACAAUCAUAUGUAAUGUGCAAUAAAUGUAAUACACCAA